CAAAGUUUGAGAUUACCUCCCUAAAUCAUACCUUAGGAAGGAGGUGAUAAGGCAGCGCCGUCGCGCCAUGCGUCCUUGAUUCUGCGGAAGCUUUUUGAGGUAGGAUUCCGAGAAGCUUUUUGAGGAAAAUGCCAAGAACGAAACCGACUUUAGGGACUUCCUAGAGCCCUAGAAAGAUCGGAAAUCGCCUCACAAAGUGAAUACCACGUACUUCGUGCUCGCAAUCUUCCCUGUAAUCUCUGUCACCAGCUUCGCCAGCUGUUUGAACAUAUCCACUGACUGUGAGGACGCCACCUGGCCACAUGUUUCUUCCCUGUCAUAUUUAUCUCUUCGUUUCAUGGAGUUGAACAACACUUCAUUCAUGAAAAAAAAUCAAGAAUAGAAUAUUGUAUCAAUCACAUCAGCGAAGAGAUUAAUUCAACCACUACGUUGAAGAUUGUUUGCUCAUGUUUGGCAGUAGAGCUGGACAAUCCGACCCGCGUGACCCACUGUCAAGCCCUGGACGUUUGACAGUGGAAUCCCCUCCGAUCCAUCUGCUGUAGAAGUUCAGAGACAUCAGUGCAACAAAAAAAAAUCAAGAAGUUUCUUGAGAGACACUAAUGAAUAAAAAUGGACAGUUUGAGUGCUAAAUUAAUGGAUGAUGUUGUCUUGGAGCCGAAGACCCAGGGCAGGACAUUCAGCAAUGAUGGAAUGCAACGUUUAUCAAAAUCCUCUCAACCAUCAGAGGCGGCUAGUACCCCAAAACCUGGGCCUCGUCGUAAAGUUGAACUCCAAACUCUCCGAAUAUCCGACGAAUCCGAACGACAGUUGUACGAGACCCUGAAACAAAUUUACGGAAAUUCCUUUAAACUGAGUGAUGCAUCAGAAUAUCAGACCAAAAGAACGAAUCUAGGUAGCAAAUAUUGGAUGGAACGAGGAGAUCUCGUGAUAAAAGGAGUUGUCGAUUAUUCAUCCAGAGAAUCAACCCCAAAAACUCACGCACAAUUAGUUAAACAUUUUGCUACAUCAAAAUUAGAAAGCUACAGUUAUCAUUCACUUCACUGUGCUGAGGCCCUCGAUCAUACCAACGGUGAUGUGGGAAAGGCCUUGGAGAUACUCUUCGAGAAGUAUUACAGGGUUAAAGAUCUCUCCAGAGUAAGUUCUCCCCAGGAUCUCGAUGUCAAUGAUCUGCUGACUAUGAGAGAUGAGGAAAAAUGUGCUCUUGAAGCCAUUUACGGUGAUUCAUUUAUCGAGAAGAUUAAAAAUCGUUUGUGGACAGUUACCCUGAACCUAGAUUACUUGAUCGAUAAAUAUGAUAGGGAAGUCGUCGUCGAGAGUAAGCCAAAGACCCCCAGCAAGAACAUUUGCCGAUUAUUCAUGACUGGCAAGUGCAGAUUUGCUGGUAAAUGUAGAUUCUUACAUCAACAACCUGAAGCUGUUAAACAAAUUAAAAAUGCCGUGGAAACCGAUUCUUCGUUCACAUUGGAAGUAAGAUUUCCCGAUGAUUCUAAAUAUCCGUAUGAUGCUCCAUACUUCUACUUCUACAAAACUGAUCAGUCGAGUCCGAGUGAAGGUCACCUCGUCAUUUGUAAAAAACUCUAUGAAGAGGCUGUUCUCAGGACUCCACAUGGGGAGCCCUGUAUUUUUGAACUAAUUUCCAUGCUCGAGAAUGCGGAUGAAAUGAAAGAAUACCUCGAUAACACCAAACCUGCCUUCUUAUCACGACACGAUUCCCUUUUCACAAAAUCUACAGACGACAGCUCGAAAAAUCUGGCGACGCAUCAUCAGAGAGGAACGACAAAUCGAUCGAAUAAGGACGCAAUGUCGUUGGACGAGAUUCAACGACAGGACGAAAUAAUAUGUCAAAAAUUCAUGGAAAAGAUGAAGAACCCAAGGUACCUGAAGAUGAAGGAGUCCAGAAGAAAAUUACCUGCCUGGUCGAUGAUGACUCAUCUUCUGGAAGCCAUUGAUCAAAAUCAAGUGGUCAUUAUUUCCGGUGAAACUGGGUGUGGAAAGAGCACUCAAGUACCUCAGUUCAUUCUCGACGAUUGGAUAAUCAAUAGAAAUGUCAGUGGCAAACACAUUAACAUUUUGUGCACGCAACCUCGAAGAAUAAGUGCAAUAGGUGUAGCAGAGAGAGUGGCAGCUGAGAGAGAUGAGAAAAUUGGCCAAACUAUUGGUUAUCAGAUAUCACUCGAGAGUAAAAUGUCUGCUUGGACACGUUUGACAUUCUGCACAACUGGAAUUCUCCUUCAACGUCUGUCGAGUGAUCCACAAUUGAAGAAAAUUACUCACGUGGUGGUGGACGAAGUGCACGAGCGCAGCGCUGAUUCUGAUUUUUUGCUGAUGCUUCUUCGUGAAAUAAUUGUUUACAGACAAGAUCUGAAGAUUAUCCUGAUGAGUGCAACAUUGAAAGCCGAGUCAUUCUCGAAUUACUUCAAGGGCCCGCCUAUAUUGGAUAUACCUGGAAGGACAUUUCCCGUGGAGCAGAUAUUUUUGGAAGACAUUCUCCAGACGUUAAAUUACGUUUUCGAGGAGAACUCUGAGUGCACGCGAAAAGUCAAGGGGGGAUGGGAUCACGUGGAAAUUGAAUUGGCAUCGGCUGACAUUGCAUCGCUGUCAUCGAUGCCUCCGAAGUCCACUAUCUUGGAUGGUAAUUUGACUUUAGCACAGAUCAUCGGAAGAUAUCCUGGACUUUCCAUGCAAACGUACAAAAAUCUGUACGUUAUGGAUCAGGAGAAAAUUAAUUACGAUCUUUUGGAGAAGAUUUUGGAGUGGAUUGUCGAUGGGGAUCACGAUUAUCCUCGUGAGGGAUCGAUCCUUGUUUUUCUUCCAGGAUUGGCAGAGAUCACGUCCUUGAGGGACGCCCUCAAUCACAAUUCUAUUCUAUGUCCCAGAAAUGGAAAAUGCAGAAUACUUCCCCUGCACUCGUCGCUGUCGACAGAGGAACAAAAUCUAGUCUUUCAGAGAGUUGAUCCUAGAAUUCGUAAAAUUGUUUUGAGCACGAACAUAGCAGAGACAUCAGUGACAAUUGAUGAUUGUGUAUUCGUCGUGGAUACUGGACGAAUGAAAGAGACGAGGUUUAACAGCAAUCAGAACAUGGCGAGUUUGGAUACAUGUUGGAUAUCACGUGCUAAUGCAAUGCAGAGGAAAGGUCGAGCUGGAAGAGUGAGACCAGGUGUCUGCAUACACAUGUACACAUCUCAUAAAUUGCAGAAUCAUCUGCUACCCCAGCCCAUUCCAGAGAUUCUGAGAAUUCCUCUGGAGCCUUUGCUGCUGAAAAUAUUGAAAAUGAAUCUGAGCAAUGACGUAAAUGUUUACGAAAUAAUCAGCAGAAUUAUGGAGCCUCCACAAGAAUUGAGUAUAUCAGAUGCAAUUGUUAGACUUCAGGAUGUUGGUGCUAUUGAUUUGGAGCUGCAUUUGACAGCCCUUGGGCAUCAUUUGGCAACGCUACCUGUUGAUGUACGAAUUGGCAAGUUGAUUCUCUACGGUGUUAUCUUCUGCUGUCUCGAUUCAGCUCUGACAAUAGCAGCUUGUCUGUCUCACAAGAGUCCAUUCUCAUCACCUUUUGAUAAACGCCAUGAGGUCGAUGCUAAGAGAAAAGAAUUUACCACUGCAUUCAGCGAUCAGCUGACAACGUUGAAGGCGUAUAAAAAAUGGCUGGAGACAUCUGCCAGGGGAUUCAAAGCUGGACUGGCGUUUGCAAAGGAGAAUUAUCUGUCUGUUAGGACUCUUCAGACACUUGCUGACAUGAAACAUCAAUUUUUGGAGCUGCUCAUUGGAAUUGGAUUUGUUCCUGUUGAUGCCAAGAGAAGGACAACUGGAGUUGAUAAGAUUAUUGAGUUCACUGGAGUUGAACUCAAUGCAAACAAUGAAAAUUAUAAACUUCUACAAGGACUUUUGUGUGCUGCACUGUAUCCUAACGUCGUGAGAAUUUGUACACCUGAAAAAUCAUUUCAGGUUCAAUCGUCAGGUGCUAUUCCCAGACAGCCUAAACCUGACGAAUUGAGAUUUGAAACGAAGAAUGAUGGACUUGUGUUCAUUCAUCCGUCGUCAGUUAAUUUUUCUGUUGGCCAUUUUCCCAGCCCUUAUCUUGUUUUUCAAGAGAAAAUUAAGACAAGCAAAGUUUAUAUCAGGGAUGUCUCCAUGGUGCCGAUGCUACCACUCGUUCUCUUUUUUGGAUAUGGAAUUAAUAUUGAACAACACAAUGGAACUUUCAUAUUGUCUCUCGCCGAUGGCUGGAUUCUAUUCAAAGUUGAGACACACACUAUUGCUCAGCUUCUUCAAAAUAUGCGAGCAGAACUUAUUAAACUUCUUGAACUGAAGAUGCAGGAUCCACUGCUGAAUCUUGUGAAUCAUCAGAAUGGGAGGAAGAUCAUUACGACCAUUAUCAGUGUUCUAACGAGAGACUGAAGGGAGAUUUAUGGGGGAAAAAAGUUUGUGAGCUACUUUUAUUUAUUUUUUUUUAAUGCGAGGACAGCUCGUUCUUUCGUUUGUCUUCCUUUGGCUCUCACAUAUUGGAGGGGAUCAAGACCAGGCCAAAUAUUGAAAUACCAUACUGCCUCUCUACAUCGGCCUUAAGGUUUUGUAAAAAUAUUAGAAAAAUGUUAUUUUCAUAUUGUUGAUCAAUAUUAUGACAAAAUAUAUAUUUUUAACAAUAAAUUCGUUAAACGAG